UCUAUAUACUGACACUUGUGGUGGCCGCCAUGAUAGUGCUCUCUUUUUAAUAGGAAUCCUAUUUGGAACAGAAAGAUAUUUAUUUCAUCUUGGAUAUUCAUCCAUAUUGAUAAAUGAUUACUUUUGCUGGACUGCGACGGUUUGGUACAACAAUUCUGCUGAGUUGAAAUCUCCAACUUAGGAUGCGGUAGCAUUUCGUCUUCUUGAUAAACAUCUGGCACAUCAACAAUUAGAGAUAGAAAAAAUCACUGGUUACAAUUCCAGAAUCUUUAUUUUUGAUAUUUUAUCGAAUUUCCCACAUUGUUUUUGAACUAUCGUAAUUCACGCUGGGGCUUCCGGUUUUGUCCUGAGUGCGUUAUUUUACUAAAAAUUGAAUAAUAGAACUCCCCGGAAGUUAUGAAUUGAUUGAGGGAAAGAAAAGUUAGAAAUUCUUGCAAUUUUGAGGAUGUUUCGUGUAAAAAAUGCGACGAAAUCUACAUUGCUGUCUGGAACUUAUGAUCUCACGCAGUUUUUUACAUUCGAGGCGGCGAUGCACUGGGCUCUGGAAGGACGUUACGUUCUCUACAUCACACCGACCCCCCUUGACUCAAUUCCCGCAAAAUAUCAUGACAGAGAUGCCCUCGUGGUGGAGUCAUUUCGAAUGGUCAAAUUUAUGUAUUUGAAGGAUUAUGAAGCAUUGAUUGAGCUUCUUGUCGACCUUCACUCUCACCACACACGUCCAGGAGUCCUUUUAGUCGACCAACUAGACACCUACAUCAAUCACCCGAAAGUAACUGAACAAAUACUGAAUAUUCACAUUGCAAAAUUGUGUGCAAUCCUUCACGAUACGAUGAACGCCUGCUCCAAUGUCUCGAAGAGACAUUCGAACUUUCACCUGUUGGCGUCAGUUACCCCACAGAACUUUGAAAAAUCAUCCUAUCAUUUGUAUUUUGAUCAAAUUUGGAACCUAGAAAAGGAAAAUAAAAAAACAUUUCAAUUGAUCCGUUCAAAAAAUUCUUCAGGGCCUCGAGAAGUGUUCAAGUACCAGAAACUAAAUGAUGGAACUUUAAUUCUGAAAAAAAUACUUGAAAAAUUGGAAAGUAUAUGAAAUGAUUCCGUCAUUAAUUGCGUCAAAUGUAAAAAUUAAAAAAUGUAAUUAGUUGUAAACAUGAAAAAUAAAA